CCAGAGAUCCUCUCUGCAGAAGGAUGGAGGGCUUUCUGGAGGGGGGCAGAAUGUACUGGAUCAUGAAGGAUGAGUAGGUGUUUGCCAAGUGGGAAAGAGGUUCUGGGUGUUCCAGGCAGGGGAAACAGCCAGGAGAAGUUGGUGAUGAAACACACAGACACAGACAACGUCACUGGAACUUCUCCUUUGCCCUCACUGGGUGGCGUGGAACUCGGCACCCAGCACACCCUGCUCACUAGGUCUCUCCCUGCCCCGCAGUACCCUGGGGGUGGUGCUGAUGAGCUUCCUGAUCCUUGGUCUGUUCUUCGUGGCCAUCUACAGUCUAUCUCGGGGUGACAUCUACUUCUAUGACCCACUCUAUGCUGUGUUUGCAGUCUUGGCCUUCACGUCCAUGGUGGAUCUCCUCAUUGCGCUCCGGGAAGACGGCUAUAUGGGGAGCUUUAUGGAUUUCUACACCAAGGAGGGCGAUCCAUACCUGCGCACCUCGCACGGCAUCUCCAUCUGCUACUGGAACGGCAUUGUUCACCUCCUCCUCUACCUGGCUAUGACCGGCUCCAUCCGCAAGAGGAGGACGUAUCGGAACCUCGGACUUUACUGGCUCGGGUCAUUUGUCAUGAGCACCCUGGUGUUCAUCCCUGGAAACCUCUUGGGCAAGUACAGCUCUGAGAUCAAACCUGCCUACUUCCUCACCAUUCCUUGUCUGCUGCUUCCCUGCUGGGCCGGCCUGAGGAUCUUCAAGCAGCUCCCAGAAGUCCCUCACUACCCCCUCAACACCACUGUGGUAAGCACCUGCCCUUUCAGCCAAGUGAUGGAGCGGGAGCGCAGAAGCCUGCUGUGGCGUCCGCUUGACCUGGCCCUCAUCGCUUACCUGGGCAUUGCGGGUCUCUUCACACUCUUCCGGGGCCUGGUGGUGCUCGACUGCCCCACGGACACCUGCUUCAUCUACCUCUAUCAGUAUGAGCCGUAUCUGCGGGACCCUGUGGCCUAUCCCAAGGUGCAGAUGCUGGUGCUCCUGUUCUACGCACUGCCUUUCUACGGCCUGGCCAUCUACGCACUCAUCUUUCCUGGCUGCUCUUGGCUGCCUGACUGGGCCCUGGUGUUUUCUGGAGCCAUCAGCCAGGCCCAGUUCUCACACAUGGCCGCCUCCAUGCAUCUGCGCACCCCCUUCACCUACCGGGUGCCCGAAGACACAUGGCUGAGCUUCAUCCUGUGCAACGUGCUGUACACACUGGGCCCCCACCUGCUGGUCUUCCGCUGCCUGCGUUGGCCCGCCUUCUUCCUGAACCCACUGCCUGGCCCUCCAGCCCCCCACAAGAAGCAUCACUGA